AUGUUCGUAUCCACUCGAGAGGCUCUUGAAACAAUUUUUCCGCAAGCCUCCGACGAAGAUAUUGGAAAAUACGAAAACCAACUUGAUAAGGUGGACGAUUUUGAUCCUGUGCUCAUCAUUUCGCCAAAUCACAACUGGAUAAAUCAACAUACGUUGCAAACUUACCAGGCGGUGAUGAAUGCAUUUGCGACCAACGAUCUCCAACAACAAAAUAAUCGCAGAGAUGAGAAUUCGCUCUGUGUAUUCCACUUUGCAACCGUAACUGAGCUCUACACUGUACGUAGAAACAUUCGUAAACUUCACCCCAAUGCGUUCUUCGACCCUAAUGCUCAACCUCAACAGAUGCCGAUUGGUACCGCUUGGAUACUUAAUAAGGUGGGAAUACGCAAAAGCGAUUUCGGGGAAGAUGAUUCGUUUUUUGUUCUUCGACCCUAA